CAGUGAAAGGAAGCCCCAAAUUUCCCUGCUUCUUUUCUACAGACUUUUAGAGGCAACAUAGUCGCAUCCUGACCACAAACUGCAGGUUGCAUUCAUUCACAGCAUGACUGUUGCCACAGGCGACCCAGCUGAUGAAGCCGCAGCUCACCCGGGUCAGCCACAGGACACGUAUGACCCGGAACCAGACCAUGAGUGCUGCGAAAGGGUGGUCAUUAACAUCUCUGGCCUGCGCUUUGAGACGCAGCUCAAAACUCUGUCUCAGUUCCCCGAGACAUUGCUCGGGGACCCCAAAAAGAGAAUGCGCUAUUUUGACCCACUGAGGAAUGAGUACUUUUUCGACAGGAACCGCCCAAGUUUUGACGCCAUUCUGUAUUAUUACCAGUCAGGCGGCAGGCUGCGGAGGCCUGUCAAUGUGACAUUGGAUAUUUUUUCUGAGGAGAUACGUUUCUAUGAGCUCGGGGAAGAAGCCAUUGAGAUGUUCAGAGAGGAUGAAGGAUUUAUUAAGGAAGAGGAGAAACUCCUGCCAGAAAAUGAGUUUCAGAGGCAGGUGUGGCUGCUCUUUGAGUACCCUGAAAGUUCAGGGCCUGCACGGAUUAUUGCCAUCAUUUCCGUCAUGGUCAUCCUCAUAUCUAUAGUCAGUUUUUGCCUAGAGACACUUCCGGUUUUUCGCAAUGAGGACCUGGACCACAAAAUUCCCAUGGACUCCAACUCAACAAAUACUUACACCUCCACCUACUUUACUGACCCCUUCUUCAUCCUGGAGACCCUUUGCAUCAUAUGGUUCUCCUUCGAGUUCCUAGUGCGUUUCUUUGCGUGUCCCAGCAAAGCAGGCUUCUUUGUCAAUAUAAUGAACAUCAUUGAUAUUGUGGCUAUAAUACCUUACUUUAUCACAUUGGGCACAGAGCUAGCAGAGAAGCCAGAGGAUGGCCAACAAGGGCAGCAAGCCAUGUCGCUUGCCAUUUUGAGGGUCAUCAGAUUAGUACGAGUCUUCAGGAUCUUCAAACUGUCCCGGCACUCGAAAGGGCUGCAGAUUCUUGGGCAAACACUCAAGGCCAGCAUGAGGGAGCUAGGGUUGCUUAUCUUCUUUCUCUUCAUCGGAGUCAUCCUCUUUUCGAGUGCCGUCUACUUCGCUGAGGCGGACGAGGCUGACUCACAGUUUAUUAGCAUCCCUGAUGCCUUCUGGUGGGCCGUGGUCACAAUGACGACAGUAGGGUAUGGUGACAUGGUUCCAACUACUAUCGGAGGCAAAAUUGUGGGAUCCCUGUGCGCUAUCGCUGGUGUGCUGACCAUUGCCUUGCCCGUGCCUGUCAUAGUCUCAAACUUCAACUACUUCUACCAUCGAGAGACAGAAGGCGAGGAACAGGCCCAGUACCUUAACGUGACCAGCGUCCCCAAGAUAGACUCCUCGGAGGAUCUGAAAAAGAGCCGCAGCGGGUCAACCAUGAGCAAGUCUGACUACAUGGAAAUUCAAGAAGCUGUUAACAACAGCAAUGAGGACUUUCGAGAGGAGAACAAGACUGGCAACUGUAACCUAACCAACACUAACUAUGUUAACAUCACCAAAAUGCUUACAGAUGUAUAACUGCUUUGAACAGCCUUGAAAGACAAGGUGAAAUAAAGUAGGGGAGUGCAAACCCCGGUUUUGAAGGCUUCAGACACCUCGUGCAAGAGUUUGAAGAUGGGAGAACUGAAAUGCGUCCAUUUGAGCGAAGGAUCAAUAUUGAAGACCUGUACAUCAUUCCAUCCCCAUUACCUGUCACAAGUUCUGGAAAACUUGAUUGUUGGGGGACGUUGUUUUGCAUCGUCGUGUUCAGUGUCUGCAUGGAGUUUGUCUUUUCUGUGUGACUGUUCUAGUAGUCGUUCUGCUUGCAACAGUAGCCAAAUCGUAGCCUAAUAAAUAGAUACAUGCUUAGCAUAGAGGGACCAAUUCCUGACUCCCAUUCCCCAUUCACUGCCAACCUGAGGACCCCUUGAGUCUUGUGUGUAUUUAUACGUUGGAAGAACAACAAUUUUGUCACUCCAAUUGACCGAGUUAAUGUUUAUUCAUGAAGAAUCACCAUGGAGGAUGUAUUUCUCUGCAAAUGCACAAACGCUGCCUGUCCUGCCAGCCACAACGGCAUACCAUGUGUGGUACCUAAAAAUAUAGCAUUCCAUCUUGUGACAGAGAAAUACAUGCAGGCACCAACCUUGGGGGCCUGGAAAGCCAGUUAAUCUGCCCCUUUUCUCUAUCUGUAUGACCAUUUUUCCCUCUUUUGCUGCCAACGUUCUAGGAUUGUAGUGUGUCCCGUGUUAGAGUAAACAGACCUGAAAGUGGAGCGGAGAUUGUUUUAAAGUCGCCCAUUUUUCCAAUGUCGUAAUUCAACUAUACUGCAUGAGCAGCUGCCCUCCAUUGCAUCAUUUCCAUCUGUCACUUACUUUUUCCAUCAUUGUAAACUUCCAAGCAUUCCAUGUGUAUGAGAAAUGUGUUUUGUGAUGAACAUCUACCCCUAUAAGCGCCUGACGAGGGGUUACAGGAGUGUAGAUAUUUUACUGUGACAUUGCAGCCAACAACAGCAAAACACUAGCUCAAUAAGUCAGGUCACCAAAGAUGAAGUUCACUGCCGCUAUUUAUUGCAUUUUUAUGUUGUUUUUACAUUGUAGUGCCAUUUCAUGGUGCAUCCUGCUCAUAAUAUGAUGCUGGAGAAUUUGGAUAAAACUUGUGUGAAAAUGAUGCUUCCUUGAAUAGCUUUUUUCAGAGAUAGGAAAUAUUCUGCUACUUUUGUGGUGCAUGUCUGGUACACAUUCCUUGUAGCAUGCAUGUAGGAAAAAUGAUACUUACAAAACUAGAAAUAAGUAUUCAUAUCUUUAUCAAUAUUUUUCUCUGUGAGAUUAACAGUAUGUGCAAUAUUAUAUAUUAUUAUUGUUAUUUUUAAGGUUAAAAUAUUUUGCAAAUAGUUUUCUAUGUUAGUAGGCUAAUAUAUUAGUUAUGUUAUAGCACACUUUUUUGAAAACCAUCAAGGUUGCUCAUUUCGAAGUUUGGUUUAAUUAAGCGAGGGAGAGUGAGAUGCACCAAAUAAAAUGAGCAUUUAAAAGCACCACAUUUGGAUAUGGGGGAAAUCUAACUUUAAAAAAUCUCAGUCCCCGAUUUAAUAACAAGGGAUUCUGAUGGUUUUUUCAAAUUAAAUGUUGGUACAUUUAAUAUGUCUAGUCUGUAGCUUAUCCUUGUAUUGAUGUUAAAGACCUCAUGAAAUCAAAAUUGACUUUUUUAGCUUUUAAACUUUUUAGGUAUAUUGAGAUAUAAAGUAUAUUUUAAAUUGUCAGCAUUUCUAAGAAAAUGAAA